AUGUUGAUGUAUUGUAUUGUUAUUGUCACAGCUUCAGCUGAUGUACCAGCCCUGGCUAGCACGUUAAGGUUGACCAAGGAAAUCAAAGAGCAAAAUGCUGCAGGCCAGAAACCUGAAGUUUCUGGUGUUGUUGGUGUUGCAAUUUCGCUGUGUUUGUGGUAUGAAGAACAAUCAGAGUCGACGGAGUCGAUGUUUAGUGGAAAGAGGCACGCUCGAAGUCGUCAUGGGACUACUAUUUAA